GCAGCAGUCCCUAUGUGCUUGUGUGUGUGUGUGAUUGCGCGUGCGCGUACAGGGCUCCUCACGUAGAUCCGACGGAUCGGUUUAUCCCAGCUGUUGGUGUUUAGCCUUGAUUAGCCCAGAUCGGUUUAGUCCGGCAUCGGUAUGUCGUCCAGUCCGCAGGUCCAGACCCAGGAACCGAACCAGGAACCAAACCAGGAUCAGACUCAGGAACUGAACCAGGAUCAGACCCAGGAACCGAACCAAGAUCAGAAAGAAGAGAAAAAGGAGGAGAAACAGGAAAAGAAGGAGGACAAGAAAGAGGCGAAUGAAGCGAAAAGGGAGAAGAAGGAGGAGGAGAAGCAGGAUUCCUGGAAGGAUUGCAUCUACAACCCGCGCACCGGGGAGUUUCUGGGCCGAACCGCUGGCAGCUGGGGUAAGAGGCGGCCAAAGAACCUGGUCUUUUCAUGACAGUGGAAGUCUGUUCUGACCCGGUCUGACCCUACCCGGCUCGGUCCGGCACGGCUGUACGCCCGCUGUGCUAAGGGUGCCUGUCACGAUGCGCGCAGCUUCACAGUGGGCCGAGCCGGAUCGGGCCGAGCCGAGCCGGGCUAAUAUGUGAGCUCGGAUGAGUGAUUUUCAUUAACACAGCUGAAGAUGUGAGAAUAAAGCAGAUUCACCCUCUGCGCCUUCAGGCGCGCCGAGUUCAUGUUUAAUUAUGUAAAAUCCUCUGCAGCUCUGUGACGGUACUACAACAUACUGCAGUAUUUAUGCUGCUGUACACCACAGCCUGCACACACUGUGUACUAAUGCACACAUUCAACACUAACAGCAUUUAAUAACCAUCGUGUUCAUAUUGAUUUUAAUCGUUGAUGAGAUUUAAUGAGUUUGAGUGAAGCUCAGAGGGAAGACUGCUUAUAAGAUUUCUACAGUCAUGACUGAGGUAAAAUCGUUACUUAUCAUUUAUUUACAAAAGACUAAGAGGCAGAUUUAGGAUCAUCAUCCUAACCCAGCAAAGAUUUUAAUAAAAGUUUGUCCGUUCCGUCGUGACUACGAAAAACAAAACUGUUUUAAAAAGCUUUCAGUCUUAACAUGUAAAUAGGAUCAACACACUGAGGAUUUAUUAAUAAACUUCCAGUUUAAAAAGUUCAGUAAUGUUGAUGACAUCGCAACCGUGACUGAAUUAAUGUCUCUGGGGUUACAGCCAACAGUAUCAAAGACACAACUCAUCAGAACUGUUCUCCUCACUUCCACCUUCAUGUCCUCAUUUUUGGGCUUUCUAGAGCAGCUCAGCAUGACUCCAAAUAAUCCUCCUUCAUCUGAGCCUGGGCCUUGGUCCUAAGUUCAUCUUGUUUGAAAGAAGCCAUUUUGGCUCCUUAGUUUUAAGGUCCCUGUGGAGCA